AUGAAGUAGUACACACUGUCUCGUUGCGGAGUGCAUGCGUCGGGUACGCGAAAAACAUCGCGCGACUAGAAGCGUGUAAAGAGGACCGGAGAUCAUCGGCCGAGCAUAACGCGGAGAACUUGUGCAAUUUGUCCAAAACUCUUGCUUAUUAAUGCAUUAAGGCAGAAGAUAUGAGACUCUACGCUGUUGCUCUUAUAACAUGGGCGGCAUUCAUAACUGCAUCUUCGGAACACAACAUCGCAAAUUUGAAUGGUGAAAAGGCUGUUGAUACAAAAGUUCAUGAUCUGCCGGUGAAACAGAUAGUACAACCUUAUGUGAUAGAAGAAAAGAGUUCUGAACAAACGGACAUCGAAGAUGAAGAAGAUUCUAGUAAUUUCGCGAAUGUCGAACUAAGUAGAUCAGCAGUUCACGCCGAUGAGGAAGGAGGAUCGAAUGGUGUUUCGAAGACCGAUUCCUCGCCGCUAGGAUCAAUUUAUGCGACGUCGUUCGCCAAGACAAGUGUCCAUUUAGAGACAACCAACAAGUAUCCAUUUAAAGAAUAUUCAAGUCUCGAACCAGGGUAUUCCGAUGAUGUGUUUCUUGUCGAAAAUGCCGGCAAUUUUGGACAAAAAGUCCGGCAAGAUCAUCCACAUGACAGAACAAUUGUCAGGACUAUCAUUUCGACGAGCGAAGAUCGAAAAGAUAACAAGCACACGAAGUCUUUCAGCAGUACUAUGUUGCCUCUUCAAAAUGAAGAUAACUAUAAAGGGCCUUAUACAUCAGCUACUCAAGAACCAUUUGUGCUCGCACUGAAAAAGGAAAGUAGUUUAGCAGAUGAAUCGUCUUCUGAUGCUUCCAAAAUGGUUAAGUCUAAAACAUUGGAGAAUUUCGAUGAAAUUUUCAGUGAAAUUACAACGGAAAACUUGUCAGGCAACAUUGCUUCGAUUCUCGAGAACGAUGUCGUGCCCGAAAUUCUUCCGACACCACAAGCAAGAUCAUCUCGAGUGCAUAAUGAUACCGUCAAUGAAAAAAUCACGGAGAAAUCUGUGGAGUCUACUACAAAAUCGGAAAACGUGAGAACAUCGACGACUGUAGAGAUUAGUCCUUCGUUUCAAACAAGAUUUUCAGGUCCCAUCAUAGUGGCCGAUUUGCCUGAUACUCAGGAGAUGGUUGAUUAUAUGGAUGAUAUAUCCGAAGCGUACAAACCAAUCGAGAACGCCGAGAUUACCUCGGAGACUAACACUGGAGGCUCAAAAGUGGCGGCUUCAAUAACAUCCUCGGUCAUGCUGAACCCUCUGCAAGUCGGAAUCACGCUGGUGAACGCCAAUCAAGCUAGUUUGAUAGAUAAUAGUGAGCAAUCUGUCGCGAUGGAUUAUCUCCAGGAUUAUCCUCAAGACGAUUUACAACGUCUAUCUACUGUGAAUAAGGAAUUUGUCAAGAACAAUGGCAAUCAAUCACAUAUCGAUUAUCAAGAUGAGAAUUUUGAACGGGACGAAGUUGAGAAACAAGUUGAGGUUGAUAUAAAAAAAGUUCCUGAUACCUCUGUUGAGAUUCAAAAGUCCAUCGAGCUCUUCCAUACCGCGCCAGUGCAAGAGAUUCAUUAUCCUCCGGAGUAUAUUCAACAGACGUCAAACCUCGGUGUUAUCGAAACGAAUAAUAUUGGGAAUUGGCAGAAAUCGAACCAACUAUAUGAUCAGAUCGAGCAAUCAGAAUUGCGACCAACUUACGAUAUUUAUCAAGGUAAUGACCAGGACAAAAAGAGCGAUAUUAAAACCCACACAUCCCCGCAUCUCUCGCAAAAGCUUAAUCAGCACGAAUACAAUGCUCUCGAGGACGACGUUGGCAGACCGAUAGCUUCGAUUGUCAACACUAACAAUAAGUAUUCAUCGGGUACUCACGAGCAAACGGCCCUUGAAUUGCAGUCGUUCAAAUACAACGGCAUACAGCCCGCUCUGUUGGCCCCGAAUCAAUUUGAUGACACGUUAUACGAUCAAUCCAAUGUACGACAUAAUUUUAACGGCAAUGAUAACGGCAUACCGCCACGCGGGAAACUUGUUGUAGGUUCAACGAAACAAGAAACAGCGAGCGAGCGUGUAAAACCGUACGUACCAAAUACGUAUCAGUAUUCGGUGCAGCAGCCGCAAUCAAAUCAACCGUAUGAUUACCAGCACUCAUUCCGAUCGCCGGAGAUAAGGCGACCGGAAGCUACGCAACUUCUUCUUAGGAUAAUUCCCGAGGGAUCGUCUGCGAACGGAGGCUUCAUGGUGCCGAUUCCGCGGCCCCAUCCGAUCGAGAAAACCAUUCACAUGCCGCACUCACAUCCGAUCGAAAUCGAGAAGAAGAUUCCGAUGUCUGAGAAGGUGCCGGUACCGAUGCUGCAUCCCGUGCAAGUACCGGUCGAGCGUGUGGUGGAGAAGCAGAUCCGUCUGCCACACAUCUAUCCGCUCCACAUUGAACGGGUGGUCGAGAAAAGGGUGCCAUAUACGGUCCAGCGAUUAGUAGUGCAGCCUCCUCCGUAUCCGUUGCACGUGAGAUUACCGGCGGUUUACCCGGCAUACCCGGUGGCACCGUUCAACCAGCCAACGCAUACCACGGUGCCGAUAGAGAAGACCACGGAGAAGCCGGUGGUUUCCUCGCUACCUCCUCGGCCGUAUCGUGCGAGCACGGACAGGCCGAUUGAAAGCAGCAGCUCGACCGAGACUAGAUUUACAAAAUAUUAUCAGAAGCCGCAAGAGGUGAUUUUUACUGGAGGAAACGCUAAUUUCCAUAGUGCUGCCAAUAGCUUGACAUUCGUGUCGCCGUCACAGAGCGAGACGAACUCAUCGCAGUUUUACAACGUUCCUUAUAAUAGACCUUCGGCAUACAGUUAUAAUAUCGACGUCGGCAAGAACUACGUUCCUACGGCACAUUUUUCCAAUGUUAAAUUGGUGAUACUACCGAAAAAGUUUAACAGUCACGUAAUGCUGCGACCGCACACGACCACAACGUCAUACACGAUACCGUCCUUUGGACGGCAGAUCCUGUACAAUCUAGUGGAGAAGGAUAAAUCAGGCAAGGAUGAAUACGUAGGUCCUACGCCUCCGCGUAAAACCUCACAGAGCAAAGUGUUCUCUCAAACAAAGUCACCGCAGUUCUCCACGAAUACCGCUCAAUCAUUAGCUAAUAUGAGAAAAUCCAGGCAGCCGGAAACGCAGCACGGAAGUUUCAGACAAUCAAAAAUGGAAUAUGGCUUCAAGCCACCUAUGUCAUCCGGCAUGAACCAGCAAUCAUCGCUCGUCGUUAUGCGCACAGUGAAAGCAAGCAACGCGUGA